UACUCCCGUGAACAGCACUUUCGUCGUCACUCACCCAAUCCCAUUGACCCCUUUUUCACCACAUCAUUCCUUUUUCCCUCUUUUCACACAGUAAUUAAACCUAUCCCGUGAAAUUUAACUACAUUUUGAGACUAUAAAAAGGGUGCCCACACCACCAUGCAUUACAAAAAACCUGCAAAACCCUCACUAUUCCGUAAAUUCAAGCUCCUUUUCAUUACAAUGGGUUCCUUUUUCACAUUAACAAUCUUCUCCCUAAUUCUCUUCUUCUCAAUUUCCUCUGCCACGCGUCACCACCGUAACAACUCGCCGGUAUUAUCCACAGCGCCGUCAACUCAGAUCCGAGCAGCUUGCAAAGCCUCACGGGACCCACCAACAUGUGAGUCCGUUUUAACGGAUUCCAUUAAGUUGCCGUUAACGACGCAGUUAAUUAUUCAAUCAGCUGCUAAUGUGUCUUCGAUGAAUAAUGAUAAGGCGAAGGAUAUGGUGAAGGCCAUUAUUGAUGCGAGUGCAGGGAAUCAGAACCGUACGGAUGCGGGGAAGGUGUGUUUGGAGGUGCUCGGGUACGCGGAUUAUCGGAUCGGGUUGACGGGUCCGGCGUUGACACGUGGCGAUAUUAAGGAUGCUCGUGCAUGGAUGAGUGCUGUGAUGGUGUAUCAGUAUGAUUGCUGGUCUGCUUUGAAGUAUGUUAACGGAACCUCACAGGUAUCCAAAACGAUGUCUUUUAUCAACUCCUUGAUCGGGUACAGCAGCAAUGCAUUGGGGAUGAUGGUGAACUACGAUGUUUAUGGGGAAAACACCGGGUCAUGGACCGCACCCAAGACAGAACGAGACGGGUUCUGGGAGGGUUCGGGCGGGUCGGGUCAGGUGAAGGGUGGAGUGCCUUCCGGGUUGAAACCGGAUGUAACCGUGUGUAAGGAAGGAGGCUGUGACUAUAAGAUGGUGCAGGAGGCGGUGAAUGCUGCACCAGAGAACCAGGAAAAACGAAAGUUUGUGAUACGGAUCAAAGCCGGGUUGUAUGAGGAGAAAGUUCGGGUACCGUUGGAGAAGAAGAAUGUGGUAUUUUUGGGUGACGGCAUGGGCAAAACGGUCAUCACUGGUUCGUUGAAUGUUGGUCUUUCGGGCAUCACCACUUAUGAGACUGCAACUGUUGGAGUUGUUGGUGAUGGAUUCAUGGCCAGUGGUAUAACCUUCCAAAAUACAGCAGGUCCGGAUGCCCACCAAGCUGUAGCAUUUCGAUCCGACAGUGAUCUUUCAGUUGUAGAGAAUUGUGAAUUCAUUGGCAAUCAAGACACCCUUUACGCCCAUGCUUUACGCCAAUACUACAAGUCCUGUCGUAUCCAAGGCAACGUAGACUUCAUUUUUGGUAACUCAGCUUCUUUCUUUCAAGAAUGUGACAUCCUAAUUGCACCUCGACAACUCCGUCCCGAAAAGGGAGAGACGAAUGCUGUGACUGCUCAUGGCAGGAUAGACCCCGCACAGUCAACUGGUUUUGUCUUCCAGCACUGUUUGAUCAAUGGAACUGACAAAUACGUGGACCUGUACAACAAGAAUCCCAAGGUGCACAAAAAUUUUCUUGGAAGGCCAUGGAAGGAGUAUUCUCGGACCGUCUUUAUAGAAUGUACUUUGGAGGCUCUUAUUUCAGCUAAGGGAUGGUUGCCUUGGAGCGGUGAUAUCGCUUUGAAGACUCUUUAUUAUGGAGAAUAUAGGAAUACUGGUGCUGGAGCUAAUACAGCAGGACGAGUGCCAUGGAGUAGCCAAAUUCCAGCUGAACAUGUUAAUUCAUACUCUCUGCAAAAUUUCAUUCAAGGUGAUCAGUGGAUUUCUACUUCCUCUUGAUUAACUUUGUACGUAGUAAUGUUUGAAUUUUAAUGUACAUCUAGUAAGUGAAAGCUCAAUAUCAUCGGAUGUGGUUACGAAACAUCAACCUCUUGUACCAUUACACGAAAAAAAUUUGAAAUUCUGUUAUGUGAGAUACAUAUAUCUUGCCAAAAGUUUCACAUCAA